AUGUCUUCGAGAUUGGGGAUUGAGAGGGUCUUCACUAUUACGGUUGAUAAUGCAUCCGCCAAUAGUGUUGCCAUUGAAUACUUGAGAAAGAAAUUGAAUCAUCAAAAUGUUUCUGUUGCAAAUGGAAAAUUUAUUCAUAUGAGAUGUGUUGCACACAUUCUUAAUCUCAUUGUGCAAUACGGUAUUAAGGAUGCUUCUGUGUCUGUGGAUCGAGUUAGAGGUGCUAUGAGGUAUAUAAGAGCAUCACCAUCGAGGUUGACAAAAUUCAACCAAAGGGUAAAAGAAGAAAUGAUAGAUAGUAAGGCUCAAUUGUGUUUAGAUGUGCCUACUAGAUGGAACUCAACAUAUAUGAUGUUAAAGGUGGCCGAAAAAUAUGAGCGUGCAUUUGAAUCAUAUGUACGUGAUGACCAUAAUUUUUUUCUUGACCUUACUGCUGGAGAUGGAGUUCCUACAUUUGAUGAUUGGGAAAUUGUUCGAAGAGUGUCAGGAUCUUUGAAUGUUACCUCUCAUUCACUUUUUGAUGGGUGGCAAGAUUGUGAAGAUCUAGACAUAAUUUCUAUGACUUUCAAAAUGAGAGAGAAAUAUAAUAAGUAUUGGGGUGAAGGAAACAAGGUCAACAUGCUAGUUUACUUGGCGGUCAUCUUUGAUCAGCGAUGUAAAAUGAGUUUUUUGGACUUUGGGGUCAACUUGCUUUUUCCUAAUAUUGCUAAUGACAUUAUGAAAAUGAUUGAUAAAGAAUUGCAUUGCUUGUUCAAUGAGUAUUCUUCUAAUGCUAGGAGAAUUGAAUUGUUUGAAGGUAGAUCUAGUUCUUCGACAAAUCUUUGCAGUUCAAUAGAAAUAGAUCAGGCAGAAAUGAAAACGGGCUUGGCCAAACAACAAUACCUUAAGAAGAAGAAACAAGUUGGACUAGAAAGCAAAUCUGAGUUGGAUAGAUAUUUGGGUGAGGAUGAAGAAGUAAACAAUUCAAGUUCAUUUGAUUUACUAUUGUGGUGGAAAAUGAACAGUCCUAGAUUCCCUAUUCUUGCACAAAUGGCUCGAGAUAUUCUUGCUAUUCUUAUCUCAACAGUUGCCUCAGAAAGUGUAUUUAGCACGGGUGGACGUGUUCUCGAUAGUUUUAGAAGUUCUCUAACUCCUCUCAUGGUCGAAGCUUUGGUUUGCACACAAGAUUGGCUUUGGAAAUCUAAUGAUGCCAUCAAUCUUGAAGAUUAUGUUGAUGAACUUCAAACCAUGGAAGAUGGUAAUAUAUAA